AAACGCCAGGGGUUUUUGUGCAAUGCGGCAAUGAAGAAAGAUGAGUUUGAACAUUUCAACGUUUUUUUGGUGUAACUACCUCCCCAUCUUCCCACUGUCUCUCCCUCUUCCAUCUCUGUCUUUAUUAUACACACGCAUCUCACUUCUCUUCCGUGUCGUUAACUUCAAUGCAUCUUAGAUUUUGCACAUUAAUAAUCUGGACAUUCAUUUCAAUUUCUCGGCUUGCAUGCAUUGGAUUGUGUUUCUAAUCGAUUUUGACAGCUUCAGAGAGAACCGCGGGGAGGACAGAAGAAGAAAGAGGCAUGAUUCUGGAUGAGCAAUGCUGUAUGAUUGUGCGAAUAUGCGAUGCAUAAAUGAGGCCUUUCUGCACCAAUGGCGGAGAGAAAUGUGCACUCAAUGGGGACAUUCGGUAAGAAAUCGAUGUUAGGGUUGUUCAUCAUCACCACAUCUCUGUUCAUAUUCUCUUGGUUUUUCGUGUUGCGAUCCACCGGCAGGCCUCUCUUCGUCGAUCCUAGUCUUUUGCGUAACUCCAAAACUUUUCCUAAAUCACAAACUGACCAAAGAACAUCUUCUUCUUCUUCAUCGUUAUCAUCCAGUAAUUACAGUUGCAAGCCAGUCCUUAAAGUGUAUAUGUAUGAUUUACCUCCGCAAUUUCACUUUGGACUCUUAGGUUGGAAACCGGAUGGGGGGAACUCUGUUUGGCCCGAUAUAAAAACUAAGGUUCCCGAAUACCCGGGAGGGUUGAAUUUACAGCAUAGCAUAGAGUAUUGGCUCACAUUGGAUCUCUUGAAUUCGGAAAAUAUGAGUGGUGGGGCAGCCAUGAGGGUGAGAAAUUCAAGUGAAGCGGAUGUUGUUUUCGUCCCAUUUUUUUCAUCUAUUUGCUAUAACCGGUUUUCAAAGGUGAAUUCGCCAUCUCAGAAAAGAAGCAUCAACUCGUUGCUGCAAGAGAAGCUGGUGACAUUCUUGACGAGUCAAGAAGAAUGGAAGAGAUCAGGUGGAAAAGACCACAUUGUUCUCGCCCAUCAUCCUAAUAGCUUGAUAGAUGCCAGAACAAAGCUUUGGCCAGCAAUGUUCAUCCUCUCAGACUUCGGAAGGUAUCCUCCAUCUGUGGCUAAUGUUGAGAAGGAUGUGAUUGCCCCGUACAAGCACAUGAUUGGGAACUAUGUGAAUGACUCGUCUGAUUUUAAUAGCCGUCCUACUUUGCUAUAUUUCCAGGGAGCUAUAUAUAGAAAGGAUGGUGGAUUUGUCCGGCAAGAGCUGUUCUAUAUGCUAAAGGAUGAAAAAGAUGUACAUUUCUCAUUUGGAAACAUUCAAAAGGAUGGGAUACAACAAGCAACACUUGGGAUGCAAUCCUCCAAAUUCUGCCUCAACAUUGCAGGAGACACUCCCUCUUCCAACCGUCUCUUCGAUGCCAUUGCAAGCCACUGUGUCCCGGUCAUCAUCAGCGACGACAUAGAGCUUCCCUAUGAAGACAUAAUCAACUAUUCGGAGUUUUGUGUUUUUGUCAGAACAGAAGAUGCUCUCAAAGAGAAUUUUCUCUUGAACUUCAUUCGGAGUGUCGGGAGAGAGGAGUGGACUAAGAUGUGGACCAAGCUCAAAGAGGUUGAGAAUCUGUUCGAGUAUCGUUACCCUUCAAAGGGAGAUGACGCCGUCCAGAUGAUCUGGCAUGCAAUCGCGCGGAAGAUACCGUCUAUUAAAUUGAAGGUACAUAGAGCCAGGAGAUAUUAUCGGACUCCUGUUCUUGAGGAUAGAGGACUUAAAUUUGCUCCUCUUCCUAAAACUUUUGGGUGAGAUUUUGUAGUGGUUGAACAUGAAAUAUAGAUCAAAGAGGUUUAAAAGAAAAGAGAUUUGAUUGUCAGGCGGGUUCUUGGUAUAUUGGUUAGGGAUGAUUGAUCUUUAAUGCAUCCAUUCAUUCAUUCGCUUA